AUGCGUUUGUAUUCAUCUCUACUUCUCGUACUAUUGUUAUUGCUCAUUAAUAAUGUUGCUAGUAGAAAAUUGUCUCAUUUCAAAAGACAUUUCAUUCGUGCCUUCUGGGAUAAAUUAAAAGACAAAAUUAAAGACGCAACAACAGGUAAAUUUUCUCUUGAUUUUCGUCAAUUUGAUAAAGAAGCAAUGCUUCUAUUUCCUGAUAUCGGAUUUCAAUCAUUAACCAACGAUAGUGUCUGGAAUAUAAUAAUACAUGGUUGGCGAUUUGAAGGUAGUAAAAGAAAAGAUUGGUUUGGAUUCAGUGCAAGUCAAUGGAUAGAAAGAAUAGCUAAACAAGCGGUGGAUAAAAGUGAUCUAAUGUAUCUCAAUGGAUCAAUCAAUCGUGAUCGACUUAAACCAUUUUUUGUUGAAGAUGAAUCAAACGAAAAAAUAACAAUUAAAAUCGGCGAUAAAACGCUUUUAGUAAAAACCGAUCAACAAGGACAGUUUUAUCAAGAAAUUCAAAUAUCGAACGAUGUAAUACAACAACUAAAACAACAACAACAACAAGGUAGUUCUAUAACAUACGAUGCUAUUGGUGAUAAUAAAGAUGAAGCAAAAGGAGUUAUACAACUGAUUGAACCACGUCAAGGUAUUACUGUUAUUAGUGAUAUUGAUGAUACAAUAAAAAUAUCUGAAGUAUUGGAUAAAGUACGAUUACUUGCAAAUACUUUCAUACAUCCAUUCAAACCCGUGCCAGGCAUGGCUGAAUUGUAUCAAAAAUGGCGUUUGAACAAUAAUAAUUGUACUUUUCAUUAUUUAUCAGGCAUGCCCGAUCAAUUAUACACAUUAACGCAUGAAUUCAUAAGUGACAAUAAUUUUCCUGAUGGAUCAUUUCACAUGAGACAUUUCGGUUGGGCAGCAUCAUCUAUAUUUAGUUUUCUUCAUUCACAAUCGACAUUUAUACAUAAAACAAGUCAUUUACAUGUAUUUCUUGCUAAUACAGUUCGCGAUUAUGUGUUAGUUGGUGAUAGCGGAGAAAAAGAUCCAGAAAUUUAUGCAACCGUCACAAAACAGUAUCCAGAACGUAUACGAGCGAUUUUUAUUCGAGCUAUAAAAGGUGAAAGUUUUGAUGAUCAACGUUUUCUAACUGCUUUCGAAGGUAUACCGAAAGAAAAAUGGCAAAUCUUCAAUGAUCCACAACAAUUACCUCUUGAUCUAUCACGAUCACCAGGAGCAGCAAGUGGUUAG